AGAGUUGUGAAGCAGUUGUUCAUGCUAAGAGAUUGGAGGAGGAUUCAAUGAUUUUGCUUAGAGGGUUAUCAUGAUGUCCAUUUGGACUCUUUAUGGUUUAUGGACUUGGUUCAGGUUGCGUUACCUGAGAUUAGGUUGAUAAACCUUCUACCAACCGUUCCUCAGAUAGUUGACUCAGAUGAUGAUCUUGCACAACUAAGUUAUUUGAACGAGCCUUCAGUUCUUCACAAUCUUCUGUGUAGAUAUUUACAAGAAAAUACACACUCCAUAGAAUGGCAGGCCCUUUAUUACUUUCUGUCAAUCCGGCAUUAUGUCAAUCCAUUUAAAAAUUUCCAGCUAUAUGGGGAUGAUGCAGCAUACCAUGCAUUGGUAGCAGAGCUGAAGUGGAUCAUAUCGGACAUGACAUUAUGCAAGAGAGAUGUGGGUGUGCCUGCAUUUGGAAGUACCACCACUUGA